AAUGUUAUUUAUUCAGUUGUGAGAUAACGAUGGUACAUCUUUUUCUCCUACAGUAAAAUACAAACAAAUACAUACUUCCAAACAAAAUCCAGAACGAAAUCAACACUUCCAAUUCAAAUACUUCACACCUUUUCACACUCUGCCCCUCGUUAUUUAUACUCCCCAUAAUAAAAAACCUUCGAAACUCCAUUUCUCUCUCUUCUCUCUCUCUCUAGAAAACUAGAAUGGCCGGAAAACCAGUUUAUGUCGCCAUUUUUCUUUCAUUUUUCCUCACCAUUUCUUUCUCCGCUCCUCUUCAGUAUCAGACCUUCGUCCUCACAUCCCUCCCCCAACCUCAAACAAUCUCAUGGGUUUCUCAGCAGGAGUCUCAGGUGAUAGAAACUCCGUCGGAAUCUGAAACCGAUUUCUCUUUGAACUUACACCAUGUCGACAGUCUGUCUCCUUCUUCAAUUUCAACCCCGGAAUCCCUCUUCCAACUCCGUCUCCGACGCGACGGUGUUAGGGUCGAAGCACUGUCUACUCUCGCCGCUUCCGCCGCGGCUCCAACCAACGUCUCCGGCAAGCCGCACGGUUUCAGCAGCUCCGUGAUUUCCGGACUCGCCCACGGCAGCGGCGAGUACUUCACGCGCCUGGGUGUCGGCACGCCGGCCAAGUACGUGUACAUGGUGCUCGACACGGGAAGCGACGUCGUCUGGAUCCAGUGCUCACCCUGCAGGAAAUGCUACACCCAAUCCGACCCGGUUUUCGACCCGAAGAAAUCCAAGACAUUCUCCGGCGUCGCCUGCGGAUCCCCCCUCUGCCGCCGCCUCGACUCCCCCGGCUGCGGCAGCCAGCGGAAAUGCCUCUACCAGGUCUCCUACGGAGACGGCUCGUUCACCGUCGGAGAUUUUUCCACCGAAACGCUGACGUUUCGUAGGAGGAGGGUGAAAAACAUCGCCCUAGGCUGCGGGCACGACAACGAGGGUUUGUUCGUCGGCGCCGGCGGUUUAUUAGGCCUCGGCCGGGGUAAAUUGUCUUUUCCGUCACAAGCCGGCCGCCGGUUCGGGAAAAAAUUCUCCUACUGUUUGGUUGACAGGUCAGCAUCUUCCAAACCCUCGUCGCUUCUGUUCGGCGAAUCGGCGGUUUCGCGAAAAGCCGUUUUUACCCCUCUGCUAACAAAUCCAAAGCUGGACACAUUCUACUACGUCGGCUUAAACGGUAUGUCCGUCGGCGGGGCCCGCGUCCCGGGUAUUACGGCGUCGCUCUUCAAGCUCGACGCCUCCGGCAACGGCGGCGUGAUAGUCGAUUCAGGCACAUCCGUGACCCGAUUGAACCGACCCGCCUACGUGGCGCUGAGGGAUGCGUUUAGGGCCGGGGCUUCGAAUCUGAAGCGGGGUCCGGAUUUCUCCCUGUUCGACACGUGUUUCGAUCUGUCAGGGAAGACGGAGGUGAAGGUGCCGACGGUGGUGAUGCACUUCACCGGGGCUGACGUGUCACUGCCGGCGUCGAAUUACUUGAUUCCGGUGGAUAGUAAUGGGAAGUUCUGUUUCGCUUUUGCGGGUACGAUGAGCGGGUUAUCCAUAAUUGGGAACAUCCAGCAGCAGGGUUUCCGGGUUGUGUUUGAUUUGGCUAGUAACCGGGUCGGGUUCACUGCCAAUGGAUGUGCCUAAAUCAUGUUUUUCUUUUAAAUAUAAUGUCUUUAAUAUUUUUCAUUAUUUUUUUUUGUUGGAUAUUCUGACAUAGGCAGAUAAAAAAAAAUUGAAAAAUACAAGGUCAGAUGUUGUCUGUUGAACUAUGUCCUAUAAAUUGGUUUAUCAUGUGUGCUUCAAAA